GACCCACUCAGCUGGCUCCAAGAAUUUCAAAGAGCUUGUAAAGCAAAUCGUUGGAAUGAUGCUUGUCAACUAGAACUUGCACCAAUAUACAUGAAAGACAAUCAGAACAAACUUCUCGAAGCUCUUAUCAAAACUACUCUCACCGUGAUUAUCGAAAUCAAUCUUGCUCUUGAUGUAGAGAUAAUUAUAGAAACAGAAGUCAGUCACAAGAUAGAAACCAUUAUAGAUUUGACUGAGCCUUUUCUCGAGAAC